AUGGAUACCGUAGAUGAUUUCACAAACGAAGAACUCGAAGAUUACCCAAACCAAAAGAAAAAAGACACAGCAAAAUUCAAAAGAAGACAACUAGGUUUAUCAUGCAUGUUAAACACUGAAGUUGGUGCAGUUCUAGCAGUUAUACGACGCUAUCCUGAAUUCAGUCCUCUCUAUAACACAUCUUCACCUGAAGAAACCUAUGAUUCUUCCAUUGUUAGUUCGUUAAGGUCGCUUAGAUCUCUCAUUUUCAAUCCUCAACAAGAGUGGCGGUUUAUCGAUCCUUCCAUUUAUCUUUCGCCUUUCCUUGAUGUUAUUCAAAGCGAUGAUGUUCCCGCGUCUGCUACGGGGGUCGCGCUUUCGUCGAUUCUUAAGAUGCUUAAGUUUCAACUGUUUGAUGAUAAGACUCCAGGCGCGAAAGAAGCUAUGGAGGCGAUUGUGGCGGGGAUUACUAGUUGUAGGCUUGAGAAAACUGAUCCUGUUUCUGAAGAUGCUGUCAUGAUGAAGAUACUUCAGGUUUUGGCAGGGAUAAUGCAACAUAAAGCAUCAAAUUUGCUCAAUGAUCAAGCUGUUUGCACACUUGUAAAUGCAUGUUUUCAAGUUGUGCAACAAUCUGUGAACCGAGGAGAUUUACUACAAAGAAGUGCAAGAUACACAAUGCAUGAACUUAUUCAAGCCUUGUAUUCAAGGUUACCCGAAAUCGAAGGUAAUGAUAGAGAAGGAGAUUCUGAAUCAGACAUAGAAGAUGUUGAUGAUAGCGAUGGUUUGGAAUCAGGAUAUGGUGUUCGUUGCGCGAUUGAUAUAUUUCAUUUUCUGUGUUCAUUGUUGAAUGUUGUGUCUAUAGUUGAAGCAGAUGGUUCAACUACUCAUACAGCUGAUGAAGAUGUUCAGAUUUUCGCGUUGGUUUUGAUUAACUCGGCUAUUGAAUUGAGCGGCGAUAAGAUAGGGAAUCACCCUAAGCUUUUGAGAAUGGUUCAAGAUGAUUUGUUUCAUCAUUUGAUUUACUAUGGAACUUGGUCUAGUUCGUUUGUCUUGUCGAUGAUUUGCAGCACCGUUUUGAAUGCUUAUCACUUUCUUCGAAGGUCUCUUCGUUACCAAUUAGAAGCAUUCUUUGGACAUGUACUGAUUAGAAUCGCGACUCUUGGAACCACGAUUCAGCUACAAGAAGUUGCGGUUGAAGGUAUAAUAAACUUCUGCAGACAACCAACAUUCAUAGUUGAAAUCUAUGCAAACUACGACUGCGAUCCGUUUUGCCGGAACAUAUUCGAAGAAGUAGGAAGAUUGCUAUGCAAGCAUUCGUUUGCGUUGAAUGGUCACUUAACAAGUUUACACAUUCAAGCCUUUGAAGGACUAUUGAUCAUGAUUCACAACAUUGCAGAUCAUAUUGAUAAAGUUGAUGACAGAGCUCCUUUAGGUCCUUACACAGCUCAAUUGGUUGAGUAUAUACCUUUUUGGGAGGAAAAAGAAAAAGAUGAUGAUGACUUAGAAGCUUGGGUCGAGCAUGUACGAAUCACGAAAAUACAGAAGAAGAAGUUGCUGAUAGCUGCAAAUCAUUUCAAUAGAGAUAACAAAAAGGGUUUAGAGUACUUGAAACAUGCUAAGUUAGUAUCUGAUCCUGUUGAUCCGAAGGCGUAUGCUUACUUCUUUCGGUACACGCCUGGUUUAGACAAAAAGGCGAUAGGCGAAUAUCUUGGUGAUCCUGAUGCCUUUUACCUACAAGUUCUUAAGGAGUUCACAGACACUUUUCAUUUUAAUGGUAUGGGACUUGACCCUGGAUUGAGAUUUUAUCUUGAGAGUUUUAGGUUACCGGGCGAGUCGCAGAAGAUUCAGCGCGUGUUAGAAGCAUUUUCUGAGAGAUUCUUCGAUCAUCAAUCGUCAGAUAUAUUUGCAAGCAAAGACACUGUUCUUAUUUUAUGCUAUUCCUUAAUCAUGCUUAACACUGAUCAACACAAUCCACAAGUUAAGAAGAAAAUGACAGAAGAAGAGUUUAUCAAAAACAAUAGAGCAAUCAAUGCAGGACAGGAUUUACCUAGAGAGUAUCUUUUAGAGCUUUUUCAAUCUAUUGCUAGCAAUGCAAUUGUAUUGGAUCAAACUAUUGUGUCAUUAGACAUGAGCCAGAGCAAGUGGAUUCAGCUCAUAAACCGAUCGAAAGUUACACGGAGUUUUGUACAAUGCGAAUUCGAUCAUAGAAUUUGUAGAGAUAUGUUUGCCUGCAUUGCCGGUCCUUCGGUAGCCGCUCUUUCAUCUUUUUUUGAACAUGCAGAUGAAGAGGAACUCAUGCAUGAGUGCAUUGAAGGGCUAUUCUCGGUUGCGAGAAUCGCGCAGUAUGGAAUAGAAGACACACUUGAUGAACUAGUAACAUCAUUUUGCAAAUUCACAACACUGCUAAAUCCUUAUGCUUCAACAGAAGAGACCAUGUUUACAUUCAGUCAUGAUUUAAAGCCAAGGCUAGCAACAGUUGCUGUAUUUACCUUAGCAAAUGAUUUCCGAAACUCGAUUCGAGGAGGUUGGAAGAACAUAGUAGAUUGCUUGUUGAAACUCAAAAGGCUCAGAUUGCUCCCUCAAUCAGUCAUUGAUUUUGAUGUGCCAGCAGACGCACCAAUAACGCCCGGAUCAGGUGCGUUUUCUCCAACCGACGAUAGUAAAUUCGGAUCUCAUCGGUUUCCUAGCAUCAUGACUCGUCUGUCGCUUCUUUCGCAAGAAAACACAGAAGACGGUUUGACACUUGGUAGCGAAUUCGAACAGAAUCUCAAAAUGAUCAAAAUGUGCAGAAUUGGUAGCAUCUUUGGAAGUAGUUCAAACAUUCCAAAAGAAUGUUUACAAAACCUCGGUAGAUCGCUGGUAUUCGCAGCAGCCGGAAAAGGCCAAAAGUUUAGCACGCCGGUCGAAGAAGAAGAAACUGUUGGAUUUUGUUGGGAUUUAAUCACUGCAAUAUCUUUAGCCAAUGUCCAUAGAUUCCAACUAUUUUGGCCAAGCUUCCAUGACUAUCUCCUAGCAGUUGCUCAAUUUCCAAUGUUUUCGCCAAUUCCAUUCGCGGAAAAAGCACUCUUAGGCCUUCUCAGGGUAUGUCUCAAACUCUUUUCUGCACAAAGAGAAGAUAAACUAGCUGAAGAGUUUAUUUUCAAAUCCAUAACAUUAAUGUGGAAACUCGAUAAAGAAAUACUCGACAUGUGUCACGAGAUCAUAUCGCAAACGAUGAGCAAAAUAGUCAUCGAAUACCCCGCAAAUCUGCAAACACAAAUAGGAUGGAAAUCAGUACUUAACCUGUUAUCAGUUGCAUGGAGACAUCCUGAAACUUACGACUACGGAAUCGAGGCAUUGAUAUCUUUAUUCUCCGAAGGCACUAAUGUAACACGAAACAACUACGCGUACUGCAUUGAUUGCGCAUUCGGUUGUUUCUUAGCGAAAAACAGUCCAAUAGAGAAAAAAAAGAAGAUACUCGAUCUAUUAGCCGAUUCCGUACACCUGUUGAUUCAAUGGCACAGAUCAAUAUACUCAGAUCCAGGUAGUAAUGUUAGUGCAGCAAGCAUCAAUAGUAGUUCAUCAGCGGAAGACAAUUAUCGAGGUCCUUCCAACGCAAACUAUAACAUGAACCUAUUUGUUAAACUCGGCGAAGCGUUCAGAAGAACGAGUCUAUCAAGACAAGAAGAGAUAAGAAACCAUGCAGUCUAUUCACUUCACAAAAGUUUCAACUUAGCAGAAGAAAUGCUAUAUGUAUCAUCAAACUGCAUAAACUAUUUCAACCUUGUGAUAUUCGCAAUGGUUGACGAGUUACACGAGAAAAUGCUGGAAUAUUCGAGAAGAGAAAAUGCUGAGAGGGAAAUGAGAAGCAUGGAAGGAACAUUGAAACUUGCAAUGGAGUUAUUAUCAGCUAUGUAUUUACAAUCAUUGAAACAGAUAUCUGAGAGUCCUGCAUUUAGAGCAUUUUGGUUAGGUGUGUUGAGAAGAAUGGAUACAUGCAUGAAAGCUGAUUUAGGACAUUAUGGUCCUUCAUCGUUGAGUGAAAUUAUACCUGAUUUGUUGAAGAAGAUUAUAACACAAAUGAAAGAUGAAGGGAUGUUGGAGCCUAGAGAAGAUGAUGAUAUGUGGGAGAUUACUUAUAUUCAAAUUCAAUGGAUUUGUCCUCCUCUUAAGGAUGAGUUGUUUCCGUUGUAG